AUGGCGGAAGCAUCACCAUCACCUUUAUCCAGCUCUACUGCAACAGCAAAUGGAAGCAAAUUAUUAAGACUUCUUGUUGAUGGUGGAACAGCAGCUCUAAGAGAAUGUCUGAAUAAAAUUUAUCCAGCUUCCAAACCGGUCAACUUCCUCAAAGCAAAACGGGAGAGAUUAAAGAAGCUCUUAGACGACCGAGUUUUAAAUAGAGAUCAAUGGUACCAGCUUUACCCAAAAGAUGGAAGUGACCCAGACCCUGAAAAAUUUGACAUAAGUCUACUUUUUCUUCUUCUCACUGAAAUAUGUGGAUUAGAGCCCCCCCGCCGCACAGGCUGGAACAACAUGCCGCAAGCAAAGGACAGAUCCCUGUCAGCGAAUCUUGUUCGUUUAAAGCUUUUUCGUAAUAAGCUGCUUCAUCGACCUAACACACAUUUUGAAACAGAGGAAUUUCUUGAUCUCUGGAAAAAACUGAGCGGUGUUCUUUGUUCUCUUGGUCUGUCUUCAUCAGACAUAGAAAAGUUGAAACUGGAGAGUUACGAGGGAGAAAAUUAUGUUGAAAUUUUACUGAAGUGGGCUGACUCCGAAGAAGAUGUCAACAGAAGGCUUAAAGCAAUGCAUGAUACCCAAAUCGAAACACGUAAAGCUGUAAAGGGAUUGGAGAUGACAAGACAGCAGGACCAGAAGACCCUUCAAGAUAUUAAGUCAAAUGUGGAUGAACUACUUCAAAUCCAAAGAACCCGUCAAGAUACACACCAAACCGUUAGUAAAGCGCAACAGACGCAAAUGGAAGCCACCAAUUUGCAGCAAGAGGAUCAUCAAACUCUUCAAGAUACACAACAGGCAGUUGGCAAUUUACCACAGAUGCAAAAAGAGGCAGUGAAAUUGCAGCAACUGGAGCACAGAAUUCUUGAAGAUACGCACCAGGUAGUUGAACGUGUACAGCGGUCUGUACAAGAUACACAACAGAUGGUAGAGGAAGUUUUAAGAACCCAACAAGAAACGCAGCAGCAGAUCAAGGAUGUAGCUGCAGACACUAAAGAAAGAAGAGAUAAUGGUAAAGAAGAUGAAGCACUGAAAAAAUUGGCAAAAGUUGAUACCGAGGGAGUCAUCCAGUAUCACUCUAGCAAAUACCAGGAGGGAACGCGCUUGCACAUUUUUGAGAAGAUCAAGUUGUGGCUAGACGACCGUACUUCUGAAAAUCGUGUUAUGGUAAUCAGUGGGGAUGCAGGUAUGGGCAAAUCAGUGAUUUCCGCUGUCGUUUGUCAACGAAUGCGAAAUGCUGGUCGUCUGUCGGGAAGUCACUUUUGUCAGCACGACAAGGCGUGUCACAGAAAUCCUAAGAUAAUGCUUCAAUCGUUAGCUUAUCAGCUGAGUGAGCUUUUGCCACAGUAUAAAAGAGAACUUGUAAAAGCACUGUCAAGAAACUUGGGUGAAGAAAUCAACAACCUAGAGGUUGGAGAGCUGUUUGAAUUGCUGUUCGAAGAGCCUUUAAGAAAGGUAGAUGACCCUGGUAAAAGCUUGCUCAUGGUGAUUGAUGGCUUGGAUGAAAGUGACUACAAAGGCCGCAAUAAGCUGCUUGAUGUCAUUGAUAAUCACUUUUUUGCUCUUCCUGUCUGGUUUCGGUUUUGUGUUACAACUAGACCGGAAAUAAUAAUUGCAAAGCGUCUUCAAAAGCUUAAUCCUCUUCAUCUACAGCAAGAUGAUGAAGAAAAUGUGAGAGACAUCAGAAUCUUUUUUGAAACACAGCUGGGCAACGUCAUUCAGUCGGGCAGUGAAGAAGUUGUUAUCGAUGAACUGGUCCGAAAGGCUGAUGGACAUAUUUUAUAUGCUUAUUUGAUGGUCGAUUCUAUCAAGAAAAACGUUUUAUGUCUCACCACUGACGAGUUAGGAACAACUUUACCCACAGAUGUUUCAGGAUUUUAUGAAUCCUAUUUUGAACGUUUGAAGGGGGAAUUGGAAAAAAAUAAGGAAUUGACGAUCACUGUUGACCAGUUUUUUACUUUUCUUAGUGCUUUGGUGGCUGUAAGAGAACCUCUUCCACUAGACUUUGUUUCUAAGUUGCUACUGUCAGACACAAAGUCUCCAGCUGGUUACUGGCAAGUAAGGAAGACUAUCGAAUGUAUCUCAACCCUUUUACCUGUUCAAGAUGGUUGCAUUCAUUUCUUUCACAAAUCAGUGAAGGACUGGUUGACUGACAGAGCUCCCGACAUGUACAGCAUGCCGCACAAAUUCUAUGUGAACGAAAAGCGUGGACACCUUGCUCUUUCUCAGCGGUGUGCGGACGAACUUGAUGAUGUCAAAAGAAAAAGUAUUCACGGCACAGAUUUCAGUGAAACUGCAAAGUACGCCAUACAGCAUGGUGUUUACCAUAUGCUUGAGUCGGAGGAGGUGAAAGAGAGUACAAGAGGCUUUGAAGAAAUAGUUAACAAUUUUGUUAUUGACUUAGCCAUGGUUUAUGCAAAGCUUCGUGUACACAACACAGCUAGUUCUGAAGACAUUAUCCUUUCUCAAAAGCAAAAAGCUUUUUAUUUAUUGAGCAGUGAGAGUCAAAACGCCCUUCGCACGUUGUUGUUUCUUUUAAGAAAGUACCACGAAAGGCUUGCAACGAAUCCUUCUGGUUUUUUCCAAGUGAUGGUGAACGAAGGAGGAGACGUUUUGGCAGGUGAAGCGACAGAACUUUUACAGACCAAAUAUCAUGAAAUACCUUACAUGGAGUACAUUCACAAGGGGGCUAUAGAGGAGGAGAUGGAGGUCCAGGCCAUGUUUCGCUGCACCUCUCAAGUGGCCUGUUUUGAUAUCUCCCCUCAGCAGGAGUUCAUGGUGUGCGAAUGUAUGGAUGUAACGAUUCAACUUUGGUCACUACAGACAGGGAAGCAAAUAUGGAAACGCCCAGUCACGGUCGAAAAACGUUACGUUGAUGACCUUGACGCGUUCAGGGUGGUACCCAACUCAUCUGUUUUGUCAUGUUAUCGCUCCGUUAUUUUUCACCCUACUAAGCCUAUUGUUCUUCCUGGAAUCCUAAGCCAUGCCUACUCAAUUGACGGAGAUUUUCUACCACUCUUCCGUAAUAGCAACUGCAAAUUUACAGUUUGUUCAGUCAAUGGGGAUAGCAUGAUUACAGAUUUCCCUGGUGAUGCAAAAUGCCUUGUCAUGUGGAGUCUAAAAAAAGGCGAAGAGAUCACUCGAACUAUCAGAGAUCAGGUUGUUUUGUCUUUUGCCUGGUCUCCAGAUCGAAAGCUACUGGCAAUUUCUCAUCUUCCGGGUUUGGUUUGUCUGGUUGAUGCAUUGAAUGGCUUCGAGACACUUGCAGAGGUCACCACUUUUAAACCAUGUGGAAUGAUCAAGUUUGCCCCUAACCUCAAAUUCCUGUUUUGUUGGUGCAAACCAGUAAAGUCUAUCAGGGAGACUCAGAGACACCCAAGAGGUAUUCGCUUGGACGUCACUAAGUUGCCUUGCGAUUCCGUUUCCUUGAAUGUUGUUAACGAUAACGUUGACUAUGAACCUUGGGAUUAUGAAUCAUCCAGCAAAGCUGGAUUCUUGAUGGGAGAUCCUGUAUCAUGUUUGUUCAGGCGUUUCCAGGACAUUUGGGGACCGUUCUGGAUUCUUGCAGAGGGGGCGUUUGCGUUUGUCUUACACAAACAAAGUGUAUUGAGGGGAUUCCCUGGAAACAACUGCAUUGCCAUGUUCAGUCCUGAUGAAAUGAAAAUUGCAAGAACCACAUCUUGUAGAAGACUCCGUCAUGUUGCCUUUGCUGUAGAUGGCAAGUCCGUUUAUGGUGUCACUGAGGACAAGGAAGCAGCAGUGGUAUCUUUUGAUGUAUCAAGUGGAAAACUGAACUCAAAGAUCGAGACUAGUACUUGUCGUGAUCUACAUUAUCCUAAACCGCCUUUUAGGGCCUUAAACGAUUCUGACAGGGGUAUUUGCCUUGUACCAGUGACCAAUGGUGUUCUUUUGAAACAGCGUCAUCGUAGGACUGCUGUUCAGCUAUGGAAUUUUGAGUUGUCUCAGCAAGUCCGAAGUUGGCCCAGUUUAUGCGAGGUUACGUAUAUGAUGCCAGUCACGGACCAAUGUGUAGCAUGUGUGGGCAGAAGGUUUGAAGUGAGCAUCUUGGACACAUUAAGUGGAGACAUAGUGAAGACCAUCUCACUUUGUCAUGAGGGAUACAAGUCAACAUGUCCAAUUAUGUAUAAAGAAGCCAUAGAAUGUAACAGUAAAUUUCAGCUGUUAUCCACCGCUCGUGACUCAGUUCAGCUGUCAGAUGAUAGAGGUUGUCUGUGGAAGAGAGAUUUUAAAGAUUCUCAGUUGUACUCGUGGAAUCUACCUGGCAUGUUUUCUCCAACGGAAAAGUUUGUCCUAAUCUCAGCAAAGUCCACCCAGAGUAAGCAAGAAGUACACGUGCUUGAUGCAUUUUCAGGAGACAUUCUCCGCACACUAUGCACAGUUGAUCACAUUUUUAACUGUGCAUUUGUGAGUGAGAUGGAAUGUGUUAUCGACUGCCAAAAUAAAUCGGAAAGUUUCUGUCUUCGGUUGUUCAAUAUUAUGACUGGAGAAUUGCUUAGUUUACUUUAUAUGGAAAAUAGGCCGGCAUGUUUGUCUUCCUUUCCACAGGAGGGUUUGAUCGCUAUUGGCCUUUGGCAGUCCAAACGUAUGUGUGCAUUUGUCGCAGUGAAGCGGCCGCGA